UGCUAUCUAGCGAAACAUGCUGGACUUUGUUUGGGCUGAGAAAGCUUUAUUUGUAAUGAUAUAUGAGUUUCUGCGACGUUAGGAGUUCAUCACUCUCAACCGAUAAGUAUCGUUUCUCUUGCGUUACAUUCGUUCGAGUAAAAAAACAACACAUUUAUGUCUAAAUAGGUGGUGAAUCAGAGGCAUGCUAACUAGCUGUAGCUACCUGGACCUUCUACAUUUAAUUUAUAUAACCAAGUACAAUGCUGCCUGAAUUACUGCAAGGCGUUGAUACUGGAGGGCUUCUCGUAAUCCAAGAUUCUGCUUCUUAUUCUGGGCGACAUCUACUGCAGAGCUUCAUCAAUGCUGCAUUGAACAGAGAGGAAGCUGUCCAUGUUCUUGGCUUUGAGGUCAGUGAGGAAGAGCUGAAGGAUGGAUUGAGAGGAUCACCUGUACAAAGACUCCACUUUCACAAUGCUUACACAGACCCCCUUGGCUGGACCGAUCACCCAGCUUUCACAGUUCACCAGUUCUGUUUGGGGGAACUUACACGUCUGGUCAAGCAAACAUCUCACUCCAAACCGGCUACCUUAGUGAUCGACUCUCUUUCGUGGAUUUUGAGACAUGUCAGCACUCCCGAUGUCUGCAGGACUCUUCAGCAACUUAGAAAAGGGGGAGCCGUGAGGUCUAUUAUCGGUCUGCUCCAUGCAGACAUGCACCAGAGGGGGACUGUGGGAAGUGUAUGCCACUCGGCCACUUCAGUAAUCACUGUGGAACCUGCAAUGAGGGGAGACGAAGCUGUGGCCAAAAUAACUAAGCGCUCAAAAUCUGGGAAAGUUAUUCAAGAUGAGGAGAUUUUCAGAAUCAAAGAUGAUCUUACAGUUGUAGUGCAAAGCAAGUUCAGCAAGGGAGCCAAAAAGACCGACUCUGAAGAACAAGAGACGGACCCAACAGCCAACUUGACAUUCAACCUUCGAUUAUCUGAUACAGAGCGUGAGGCCAAACAGAAACUUGCACUUCCUUUUGUUUUCAGCAAAGAAAAGAAAACAGCUCUGCUACACUCAGGCCCAGGAUCAGGACGAAUUCAUUAUGAGCCGGAUGCCAACGAUGACUAUGACCAAGAGGAUCCUGACGAUGAUCUUGAUGUGUAGAAUUCGGCCACAAAACCCACUUAAGGCAAAAAGGAUCCAUGUUUCAUGUUAUCCCUGCUAUUCAAGAAACUUUUUUGUUUACAGUAUAGGACUCUUACCGCCAUCUCAUGGAGUUUUGAGGAUAUAAAAUAAUGUACAUUGCUGCAGGAACUCUGUAUUAUGUUUAUAAAAUGGUUAUAUCCAAGAGUGUUUUAUAAUAUUAUUGAGCGCAUUUUUUUCAAAGCACUUUUUUUUUCUUGCUGAAUAAAACUAUGCUUUAUCCAACAGUUA